UGUAAAUUUAACCUGAAUCUAGAACAUUGCUGUAGUUGUUUAUAGUUUUAGUUUUAACAUUUUAAAAUAAAUUAAAACUGUUAAAUACUAUAAUAUUGACGAUAUAAUGUCAUUCCUAAGACCGUUAUGUAACUUGAGUAAUAUCAAAAAUAUUCCAUCUAUAAUACGAAGAUGUUAUUCUCAAAAUUCUAUAAAUUUAUCUGAUCCAACAGUUUUGAAUUAUCUGAAAUAUCUAAUGUUGCAGCAUGAAGAUCUAGCCACAAAAUCACGAACACCUGAAGAAUCUAAACGAUUGUUUGAUAUAAAACCUAUAGUUAAUGUUCUGGAGCAAAGGAUCGCUCUAUACGACAGUAUCGAGUCACUGAAGGAUCUCAACAAAAAGGAAAGUGAAGAUAGUGAAAUGAAAAAAAUGAUUAAAGAAGAGGCUCAAAUAUACUUAAGUAGUUUGAAGUCAAUUGAUGAAGAGUUGCAGCAGAUAUUGCUAGAACCUAUUCUUACUGAUGGCGGUAUCUUACUGGAAGUGACGGCUGGUGCCGGUGGCCAAGAAGCUAUGCUAUUUGCGAGGGAACUCUUUCAACUAUAUGAUUUGUAUGCAAAAUAUAAAGAUUGGGAGGUCAAUAUAGCUUCAAUUGAGAAAUCAGACCUUGGGGGUAUUAGAAAGGCGUCAAUGUUAAUAGAAGGGUAUGGUGUUCCAGAGUUAAUGAGAAUAGAAGCUGGAGUCCACCGUGUCCAAAGAAUUCCAUCAACAGAAAAGAGCAGUCGAAUCCAUACUAGUACAGUCUCAGUAGCCGUACUUCCCCAACCAACAGACAUAGAACUUAGUAUUCCUGAGAAAGAUAUUACGAUAGAAACAAAGAGAGCCAGUGGAGCUGGCGGCCAGCAUGUCAACACCACAGACAGUGCCGUCAGAAUCAUACACAUUCCUACUGGUACUGCAGUUGAGUGUCAAGAGGGCAGGUCACAGAUAAAGAACAAAGAAAUUGCAAUGCAGAAAUUAAAAACAAUAUUAUUACAAAAACAAAUUGAAGAGCAAUCUUCUAAAAUAAAUAGUGAGAGAAAAGCGCAGAUUGGCUCUGGUAAUAGAAAUGAAAAAAUCAGGACAUACAACUACCCUCAAGACCGAAUCACGGAACACAGGGAAGGUGGAGGCACCAUGCACAGUUUAAAGACAUUCAUGGAAGGAGGGGCACAACUCGAGCAGUUACAAGAGAGCCUACUGCGACAACAGAGGUACCAGAAUGUAGUAGAAGAAAUCAAUGAAUUUGUGAAGAAAUACCAGACAGAUGCCAAUAAUAAGUAAAGCUAUUAGGUAAUUUAUCCAUA